GGCGCUAUUAAACUUUGUGGAAUGUGGCCUGUGGGACGGACCCUGACGCAUUCCAAUCGCAUUCCUUCGCCCGUUGCGCCACGACCUUGUCAUCCCCGCUUGGCGGCGUCGGGGGCAGAGCAUCGCGUGCGCGUCGUGCCGCCGUCGAACCCGCGCCAGUGUCCCUUCGUCCGCGGCGGCGAGCGCCGUCCCCAGUUCGCCCAUUCACCAGAGCAAGUGCGCCGCAUUCCUUCGUCGAGAGCGGCCUCGUCCCAUUGGCGGCCGCGGCGUGACGUCACGGCACGACCGCUCAUGAUAAUGUGGUAUUCAACAUGGCCGAGUAGCUAGUGGUGUGUGUGCCAGUUGCUGUGGAUUUGGAUGGAUUUUGCUGUGAAUAAUGCCCAGAAAACGGAAUGGUGAGAUACCCUUGCCCGAAGGUUGGGAUUACGGCCGGGACUACGAUGGGAAAGUCUACUUCAUCGACCACAACUCCAAGAAAACGACGUGGAUCGACCCCCGAGACAGGUUCACGAAACCGCAAACAUUCGCUGAUUGCAUAGGAAACGAAUUACCUUUAGGAUGGGAGGAAGCCUACGACGGCCAAAUCGGACCCUACUACAUCAAUCACCAAACUCAGUCGACCCAGCUGGAGGACCCGCGCCAGGAAUGGAGGGCCAUCCAGGAGGCGAUGCUGAGGGAGUACCUGCAGACGGCGCAAGACGUCCUUGAGGCCAAAAAAGACAUUUACCACGUCAAAUCCCAGAGGCUAAUGUUGGCCCAGGACGAAUACAACCACCUCAACAACGCCCUGGCCAACCUAGCCACCUCCCGAACGAGCCUCUACUCCUCCGCCAGCGGCGUCAGCACCAAAUACGACCCCGACCUGCUCAAAUCCGACGUCGCCUUGGCCAAAAAUAGAGUCUCCAGGUUAAAAUCCGAAUUGGAACAGAUCCGGAACGAGAUGAGGUACACACAGAAAGGAGUUGACACUCUGACAAAUGUUGAACAGAAACUCAACUCCCAUCAAGGCUACAACAUAGUCGAAGCUCAAGCCAUCAUGGCCGAAUUAGUCAAUAUCCAGAAAUCUCUGUCGAGUGGCGAGAAAGAAAAAGCCGAGCUGAUGCAGUCUUUGGCGAAGCUGAAGGAUGACCUGACGAGGUUACAGCUCUCGGAGGGAUCUCCAGACGUGUCCACUUUGAGUCUUCCACAAGAAAAAUUGAGCACUGCGUCGCAAACCGACCUGAGUUGCGAGCUGGUGCCGAUUGGAACGAGGUUAGCGGAGAUGGCGAAGAUGAGGCUGGAGUACGACGAAGCGAGGAAGCAAGUGCAGCACAUCCAGCAGAAACUGGCCGACUUGGAGGAGAAGGUCCAGCCGGGGCAAGUCGAGUCGGAUAAAGACAGGCUGCUGCUGUUCCAAGAAAAGGAACAACUCUUGAGGGAACUCCGGAGUAUUACUCCUAGGAUGCGAUCCAAAGAAGAGAUGAGCGGGAUUCAGUUGGAGUGCAAGCGGCUGGAGCAAGACCUGAACAAAGCCCUGGAGAUGUCGAACCGCGCCAUCGCCGACCGGCUGCGACUACACGAAGAGAAGCAGCUCCUCCUCCAGCAGCUAAGAGACGCUUUAAGACAAAUGACGCACUUGGAGUCGCACUUGAAGACCCUCUCCGCCAGCACCCUCUCAGUCAGUAGCAGUUCUAGUCUCGGUUCCUUAUCCACCACCAGUAGCAAGGGCUCGCUGAGCUCGGGCUUGAGCUUCACGGACAUCUACGGCGGGCCGCAGUGCACCACCGCCGCCCCCAACGUGGACAAACCCAUCGACAUGCUCGACCUGCAUCGGCGCGUCGAGCGCGUCCUCAAAGCCAAAUACUCCACCCCCUCGCCGUGCCGAUCGCAGCCGUCCCUGUCCCCCCGCAGCUCGCUGUCUUCCGUGUCCCCGCCCGUGUCCCCCAUGUACGAAAACCUCCCCUGCGCAGUCCCUCCCCCCACGUACGAGCAAGUGGAGCGCGACCGCCAAGUACAAAGACUGAUCGAGGAGUUGGGUCACCAGGAGCCGCAGGGCCAGCCGAAAGUCAGUCGAUACUCGUACGAGAGCUCGGGCGACCCGCCGCUGUCGCCCAUUUCGGAGACGCCGCCCCCUAUCCUGGACCACGACGGGACGGCGCUGUCGCGGACGUCGUCCUCGGGGACGAACACGCGCUCGGUGUCGGCGGCCGUGAGCGACGAGUCGGUGGCGGGCGACUCGGGGGUGUUCGAGGCGUCGAACAGGAAGCGGCUGCUGCAAGAGCAAGACGUCGACACGGCGCAGGUCCAAAUUAAACUGAGAUACGUCACGGGAGAGAACAUUCUGAGUGUGUGUGUGGAGAGAGCGCGGAAUUUGUGCGCCCUGUACAUCGGGGAGAACGCCCAAGUGUAUAUUAAGAUCGCGCUGCUGCCGGCGACGCCGCCCCCAGUGUACUGCACGAAGCCCGUUAGAGACUUGAAGAAGCCGAGUUUUGGUGAUAUCUUCACUAUUAGUGUACCUGUUAAUAAGAUUUAUACGAAGACGCUCCAGUUGAAUGUGUGGAGUAAGACUGAAGAACAGGAGAAGUGUGUGGGUUGUACCCAAGUGAGCCUGGCCGACUUCAACAUCCAGCAGGUGUCCCAGAAGUGGUACAACAUCCUCAGCCUCCAGCUCAUGGACACCCGCGAGGAGUCCAAACCCGCCCACAACCGCCAGGAGUCCGACGUUUCCCGCCACGAGUCCAUCGACCCCAGCUCCAAGCAACCCGUCCUCAAAGAAGAGAGUUCCGACGACUCUACCAUCAUCUCCUCCCAGACCUCCACCCUCACCCGCAACCAAGACCCCAUGAACUUCCUCAACACCGUCAAUUUCACCCUCGAAGACUUGUACAGCUGCAUGGACCGCGAAAGCGACGAGGAAUCCGAGGAAGAAAUUGAAGAAGAGGACGAAGAAGACGUGGAAGUCCUUGAAGUGCUGGACGAGGAGUUGGAGGCCUUCUCCGACAAGCAGACCAACACUGAGUGCGCGUUCUUCCCCGAGCACGCCAAGCAGAUGAAGAUGGCGGCGGCGGGGGCGGCGCUGGAUGACCGAGGGGUGAUCAAGCGGUCGCAGACGUUCACGCCGAGUGCGCACGUCUCCAAGAACCAGUAUAUCUGUAAGCUGAAUAGGAGCGACAGCGACAGCGCGAUGCCGCUGUACAGGAGAGGCGGAAAGCCGUUCGAGAGGAACGCGAUAGAGAGGAGGAGUUUGAGGUUCAGGAGGCAGUCGGUGGCGGCGCGGCCGCAGACGCACAUGACGACGACAGCGAGGACGUCGCUGGACCUGGAGUUGGACCUGCAGGCGCAACACACGAGGCUGGAUUUGCUGCAUUCCGAGUUGCUGAGGUUGAGGGAGUUGAAGGCGAAGUUGGAGGAGGCGAAAGAGAAGGGGGAUACGGAGAUGGCGACGUACUUGUUGGAGGACGAGAGGAUCCAGAACUUGAUCGCUCACGCGGAGAGCUUCAGGAGCUCCAAGUCUCCAGAGGAGAAAAAGGUGGAGAAGAUGCUGAAGAAGGUGUCCAAGGAGAUUUACAAACUGAGGAAAACGAAGGCGGGCAAUGGCAAGCCGGAUAUUAUCUCCUUCAAAGAGAAGAUGGCCUUCUUCACACGAGUCAACAGCAACGUGCCUUUCUUGCCGUCAGACGAGUGCCAUUCGGACACGACAAAAUCAAAAGACGAACCUGAAAACAGUGAACCUAGUGAAGUGAAAAACAAUGAGGCGGAAAGUAGUGGACAGUCGGGUCGGUACGAGUACGUCGUGGAUAGGGUAUUGGGAGUCGAGGUUUAACAUAUUUAUUGAAUCGUUUGUAGUGAAUUGUAAAUUUGUUUUAAAAUUGUACAUGUGUAAAAAUGGCGAGAAUGUGUCAUGCGGAGAAUAAGUAAAAUAUAUUUUCUGAUUGAAUAUUUAUAACGAGGAUGUGAUUAUGUGCCUUUAGAUCUGAGAAGAGAGAAAUCUUGAAAUUUUUUAAUACUCAAAUGUAUUUGUAAUGCUUUACUGAGCUUUUGCUCUUCAUGUUAUACGUUUUGCAGUUCUAAACUGCGUGUUCAUUGUUUCUAUUGUAUGCCUGUUUAUGUAUCUUGUUUAUACAUACAUAAUACUUUUAGUACAAUCUUUUUUUAACUUUGUUACCAUGCCCUUUUUUCAAUUAGUUAUCGUAAUAUUUAUAUUAACACUUGUUCGUUGGAAACUGACUUGUUUUUUUCGCGGGCAAGCUCAAUUUUGUGUCUGGAAUGAAAGUGACUCAACUAUAUUAGUUGGGUUUAUCAUUGUUAUGAUUAUUAUUAUUCUAGUUAGCUUUCAUAAACGGUUAUUUUCGUGAUUUUUUACUUGUAUUAUAUGUAAAUAGUUACUUUGCGUUAGUUACUGUAAUAUAAAAUGGUAUGUUUUUAAAAAACAUAAGCACAUUUCUAAACACAAAAAUAUAUUAUAUGGUUCUAAUAAAAUUUAAUAAACCA